AUGUGUGAUUACGAACGUGGACUCAUUUAUCAGAUAAACAGUGCUAACGGUAUUUUUGAAAAAAUUGAUUUAACAACAAUGAUAUUUUCAUGUUUCACAAUAUUAAUAAAUCCAGUGGCAUUAUGCUUGACAUUUAAAGUCGCUAUUAACGCUAAUCUAUUAAGCAUACUAAUCAUGUUUGAAAUUACAUCUGAAAUACUAGUUGCAAUAUCACAGAUUGGAAAUAAAUUAUGCCCGUAUUUUAUCGCUACAUCAGAAAUGUGGUUAAAUGUUUUAGCAUGUUAUAUGUGGACAAGUGAAUUUUUAAUUAGUUUAUUCAAUUCAUUUUGUAGACAAAAUAUUCUUGGAAUGGUAAUUGAACGUUGUUUCAAUAUCUACUAUCCAAAUACAGAUCUGUUACGCUAUCCUAAAACAGUAGGCGGAUUAUUUUGUUUUUCAUUAACAUACAAUCUAAUCAGUAAUUUACAUUUAGUUAUAUCUGUAGAAUUAAAUUCAAAUGGUCAAUGUCAAGUUAUUUCAGAGGAGAUAAUUGAACAUACACAUAAAGUAGAUUUGAUUGUUCUACGUAAUAUCUCUUUAGUAAUGAUCGAUAUUGUACCAUUUCUCUUAGUGAUUGUUGUAUCUAUUCUAGUGAUAUUAAGUAAGAAAAAACAUAAACGUAAGAAUAGCAUUUUUAUUAAUCAACAAUCAAGUGGUGGUAAAAGCAUACAAAGACAAUUGGAUUUGUUAGUUCUUGUAUGGUGUUCACUUGCAGUUAUAAUAAAUGUUGUGGAUUUAUUUUUAGAGAUAUGUGAAGCUAACAGAAAGUGUAAAUUUACCGCUGAAGUAACUCAUGUUACUUUAGAGUUACUACGUUCCAUAGUAUUUCUUACUCGUUCACUAACUCUACUCACCAUUCUAUCACCUAUGAGAAGUGAAAUAUUAAAAUAUCUGAAAACGUUUUUAAAGUAUCUACUAUUCUGUAAAAAUAAAACUUAAUAUUUACCGUCUUUUAGUUUGAUAAACAUUAAUAUUAAUAACUGAACUUAUCAAUAUACAACAGUAAUGCCAGUCAGUCAUUUGAAUUUUUAUUAGAGUUCAUAUAAGGAAUGCUGAAUAAAAAUAUUAUUAAAUUUAAUUGAAAAUUAUAAUGACUGAGUAUUUACCAUCUUCAUUUUAUUACUGAUUUAAUUUUGUUUUCUUGUACUCUAUCUCUUUGUUUCUUUCUUUUUUGUAUAAGUGUAUUGUUUAACAAAUAUUCAUUUUUAUUAUGAACUCAAACAAAACAUUUUAAAAAAUUAGUAAGUAAAUAUUUCUGAAGAUUGAACUAUCAUUACCUUGCAUAUUGUUUAAAAUCCACAGAAAUUCAGCAUCAUGUGCCGACAGAUGCAAUGUCAUACAGUGGACUAAUAGAAACGACACAAUGUGCUGAAGUUAUAUAUAUACGUUAUUCAGUAAAACAUUGUAA